ACCUCGCCUAACGACCUUCCCUCAACAUCCUCAACACCAUCCUCGAGAGCCUGCAAGAAUGAGUGCCGGUUUCGGUUACAACAACGGCCCAAGCCGAUGCAAUGCCUUUUUCACCGAGUUCAUGAAGUGUUACGCCGGUGCGGAGGACCCUCAGGAGUGUGUGUUGACGAAGGACGAUUACCUAGAGUGUCUGCAUAGGACCAAGGAAAUCGCCCGAGCCAAGCAAAUCAAGUCCCACUUCCUCCAAAAGACUGCUACGGAGCACUCUGACGCACGCAAGGCCAACGAGGAGAGCGCCAAGGGGGUCAUUGUCAGUUUGGGAUUGAUCAAGGGAGAAGAGGGGGACGACAAGUAGAUUCGAGGCGAUAUGAUCGGCUGUACGUUAUGCGAUGCGAUGUGAUGAGAAGGGCAUGAUGCGGACAUGGUCGGGAGAUCGAAGAGGGCGACACCACUUAGUAGCCACAGGGAUGGUGUUCUGCAUGUAUGCGACCGAGUAAUCUGGAACUCUACCGUGUUCGGUUCGAGGUCGUCGACGCGGUCCCCCUCGAGUCUAUGGCUCACGCGACAGCCAUCUUCCGGCGGGAACUGUCCGCCGGUCUGGGCUGAGGCUAUGACGCAUCCUUCUAUCGACCGACACUGUUCAACGUAUCAUUCAGACC